AUGGGCGUUGCUUUCCGAUUGAAGGAAAGCAUUGAAGAGAAACUUAGAAAUGAAGUCAAGAAGGUGCAACGCCAUCUAAGGCAAGAGAAAGAAAAAUACACAGGCACGGGAGGAGGUAGCUAUAGGAUGACAAAGUUAGCGCAAUAUCUUCAACCACUUGCUGAUGCACUCGCCGAGAAGCAUCAUAUACGUGGAGUACCUGGAAUUAAGUGGCAGGAGGAAGAGGAUAAUGUCGCGACUAGGCCAUCUUCCCAAGAGUGCCUCGGAUUAUCUAAUGAAGCCGAUUCCGUUCCUUCGUCUUCCCGCCAGAGAAGCGCAGCCGCAGUCGUCCGCGAAUCCCUGUCCCUCUUCUCAGAUAAGAGGAAGGAACUUUAUGAAGAAGAAAUUAAGUUAGCGCGCUUGAAGCAGAAGAAGAUCCAACUAGAGAUUGAAGUAGCCGAACUCAAGAAAGAAGAGGCGAAGUUACUUUUGGAUGCAGCUAAGGCAAGACAUGUAAGCACUACUUCGACUGCACCUGCACCUGCACCAUCCUCCUCCACCACAUCACCUUUUGGAUAUGUGUAUUACCAAGACUUGUAG